UUAAAUUGGCUUCAGAAAAACUCCCGUUCCCGUUCACAACCAAGUCGUCGCCGUCCUCCGUGGAUUUUGGUGGCGCCUUUGAAACAAAAUCAGUUGCAGCUAGUUCUGCCCGACAAUUUUUUAGCUUAUUGACCGCAGUGUAGCUUGCGUGAUUACUACUUUAAACUUAACUUCCCAUGGCUGUUGGAGGAGAAGAAUCACCCCGGAAGAAAAGGGCAGAACUUGAGAGAAGAGUACUGGAGAGAGUGGGAAACGUAAUCUCCUCCAUUGAUGACGCCAAGCAUGUCGACCAAGUCGUCAUAGCUCUCCACUCUCUGGCCGUCUGCCUAUUCCCCCUCAAUCCCGAUUCUAUUUCAGGUAGUGUUGAUGAGAAAUAUCGAGACGAGUUAGGGGCUGUGGAGGUUCCUAGCCAAGAUGAGAAAACUGAAUGGUGGCGUGUAUUCUAUAAAGGAUCUGGGUUCCGUGUAUGUGCUAGAGUGUUGUUGUAUGAUGUUGCUUCCAACUGGCUAGCCUGCUUUCCCGCUUCCGCGAGGAAGCAUGUAUAUGAUGCAUUCUUUGUAGAUGGGUGUGCCACUGAGAUAGUUCAGGUGGUGGUUCCUUGUCUUCAGCCUGGUGAAAGUGGCAGUUAUGAUUCAACUGCUGUGAUCUCGAAUGCAGAAAGAUUACUUGUGAUUUGCCUGCUGGACAAUGAUUUGGUAUGUCAGAUGACUAGAGAGUUUGCUGGUAAUUGUCACUUUGAAGACCUCAGCCAUGAACAAGUAAAGAAGGCCAUUUCUGCAACCUCACAGCUGAUUACAUCAAUUCCAGACAAAACAAGACGAGCAGCUCCAGCUUCACUCACCCCACGUUUAUUCUUCAAAAACCUAACCAGUCAACUUCUCCAUGGUGUGGAGGAAUGGGAUUUGAAAUUUGUAGAAGAGUCAGAUGUUGCAUAUAACAGCCACGUGAAUGGUGUUAUACUUUUUAUUGGAGAAGCAUUUGCCCGCAUUAGUCGUCGGGGAUCUACUGAUAUCAUGAUAAGGGAGAUGAUUCUAAAGAUCCUCGUAAAAGUCCGAAGUGUCUUGUCAUCAACUUCUGAUCUUGCCUUGAGUGAAAUAUUUGAGUCAAGACCUGGUAUUCGCUUCUGGCUGAAGAUUAUUGAGGCAGUAAAUGAUUCUCAUUCAGUGGAGAGAAUAGCUGAAGAACUUUUGCGUCAACUGGCUACUCAAAAAGCUAACGAGGUUGAAGGGUACUGGAUUUUAUGGAUGCUUUUUAGCCGGAUCUACAAACAACACCCUUCUGUCAGAUUCACUUUUAUGGAGAAGUUUUUGUUCUGGAAAGUAUUUCCCACCUGUUGCUUGAGAUGGAUUAUUCACUUUGCUGUGCUUGAAUGUCCCCCUCAAAGUGCUUCGUCAAAAUCUUAUAAUGCUCGAAGUCUAUCGGACGCAGUGCACCAUCUUAUAGUAGCAUGGUCUAGAAGAGAGUUUGUCCAAUCAUCUUCAACUGAGCAACAAAUCUAUGUAACUGCUGCUUUAGGUCUUUGCCUGCAGCAGAUGACUAAAGAAGAUCUAAAUGCAACAAAAGAUGCAUUGCACUUAAUUCUUCAGGGAAUUAGUUGUAGAUUGGAGAACCCUGUAUAUUUGAUUCGAAAAAUGGCAAGCAGUAUUGCUUUAGUAUUUUCAAAGAUUAUAGACCCCGAUAAUCCUUUGUAUCUUGACGAUAGUUGUCAGGAAGAAACCAUUGACUGGGACUUUGGUUUAGCAACCCCAAGAGAGGUCUCUGCCACUGCAACAGUGCCUGGUGAAGAAAAGACUGAAGAAAGAGAAAGCUCUUCUAACCAAAUAUCAGGAAAUGAAACUCAAAAGAGUGCAGAAAAGGGGGUUCAUGUCUCUAAAUCUCGGAAGAACAAGGAAUCAGCGUUUAAUAUAAUUGACCCGGAUGAGAUUAUUGAUCCAGCAGAACUAAAUAAUGAAUACACCCUUCAAGAAGGGAGUGACUACGAAAGUGAUGAUUCUGAGACAUCUAGCGCCUCAUCAUUACAACCCUACGACUUGACUGAUGAUGAUGCAGAUCUGAAAAGGAAGUUUACACAGUUGGUAGAUGUGGUUGGAGCAUUAAGAAAAUCAGAUGACGCUGAGGGUGUUGAAAAGGCCCUUGAUGCUGCUGAGAAGCUCAUUCGUGCAUCACCAGAUGAGCUUAAAUAUCUCGCCAGUGAUCUGGGUAAAGCUCUUGUGCAGGUUCGUUGCUCUGAGUCCACUGUCGAAGGAGAAGAAGAUUCGGCAGAAGAAAGAAGACAGAAGGCCCUGGUGGGUUUAAUUGCCACAAGACCUCUCGAGUCACUUGAAAGCAUGCACAAAUUGCUUUAUUCACCUAAUGUUGACACCAGUCAGCGGAUAAUGAUCUUGGAUGUGAUGACUGAUGCAGCUCAGGAGCUUGCAAAUACUAGAAUUUUGACAUCAGAACAUCGACCAGCGACUCUGAUAUCCUCCUUAGACCAACCAUGGUUCACACCAAGAAAUGAUGGUCCUCCCGGGGCAGGGUCUUGGAAAGAGAUUUCUUCAACAGAAACUCCUCUAAACUGGUCUUAUUCUUAUGAAAGAGAGUUAACAUCAAAAGCAAGUCAGAAUAGGAAGGGAAAGUCACGUCGAUGGAGCCUCAAACAUCCAACACAUGACAGCCAGUUGGAAUGGUCUCAAAAUAGUUUUCCUCAAUAUGCUGCAGCAUUUAUGCUCCCGGCCAUGCAGGGGCACGAUCAAAAGACACACGGGGUUAAUUUACUAGGAAGGGAUUUCAUUGUCCUCGGGAAACUCAUCCACACGCUCGGUGUUUGUAUAAAAUGUGCAGCAAUGCACCCCGAAGCCUCUGUUCUAGCCACCCCUCUUCUGGACAUGCUAAGAUCCAGGGAGAUAUCUCACCAUCCAGAAGCAUAUGUGAGAAGGUCUGUCCUUUUCACAGCGUCGUGUAUUCUAGUGGCCCUCCACCCCUCGUUCGUUGCCUCUGCGGUGGCUGAAGGAAAUAUUGAAAUCUCAGAAGGGCUCGACUGGAUACACAGAUGGGCGCUAAAAGUAGCCGAGUCGGAUACAGACAGAGAAUGCCACACGCUUGCGGUUGGAUGUUUACAACUGCAUGCAGAGAUGGCUCUGCAAGCUUCUCGAGCACUUGAAUCCUCCUCAUCAACUACUGCCCAAGGCAUUACUCUGUUUCCAGCUACUUCCAAAACUACCAUUAAGAUUCCCUUCCUAAACUCAUAAAAUCACUACUUCCUUGUUUGUAAUAGUCGAUAUAAACACAUGAAAGUUUAUUUCUCUCUUUUUUUGAGAAAAUGAGGAUCAUUAUUUUUCUUUC